AUGAGUGGUUUCUCUCAAAAUGAGGCGAAAGGUCUAGAACAGCAAUUUGCUGGUCUGGACAUUAAUCAAAGCAACGGCGGCGGCGGCGGCGGAAGAUACAUUCCUCCCAAUUUGCGAACCCCUGUUCAGGGCGAGUAUCCGCCCAAUCCUCCAACUGAGUACUAUAGCCGACGAGAAUUUUCCCGCGAUUCUGAGCCACCUCGUGCUGACUACAAUCGCCCACGCUACAACAAUUACGGAUCUGAUGACCGAUCUCGUGGCUACGGAGGUGGUAGUGGUGGUGGCUACGACAACCGCAAUCGUGGUGGCUUCCGCGAUGAUCGCGGCUACGAUAAUGGCUACAUGAACCGAAACCGACGCCCUAACAACAAUGAAGGUAGCUUCUUUAAUCGCAACCGAUCCCUCAACAACUCUUGGCGAGAGCCUGCUCGUGCCGGCGCUCCGGACGAAAACUUCCGAGGCGAUGGCUCGGAGCAAAGCGUGGCCAUCUCUGAGAUGCCUCCGCCUGGACCCCAGCCCAACUACCGCAAUGGUAGCGGUGGUGGCUUCGGCGGUCCUCGUGGCAACUACGGUGGUGGCGGCGCUGGUGGUCCCGGUCUUCGCAAUCGCAACUUUGAUCCCGAUGACUGGACUGUUCCCGGCGAGCGUAAUGAGAAGUACGAGAAGGUUCUCUUCUCGAGCGUCCACACUGGCAUCAACUUUGACCAGUACGAAAAUAUCCCGGUUCAAGUUUCUGGCAACACUUACCCACCACCUAUCGAGACUUUUCAUGAUGCCGAACUGAAUCUGACUCCAAUCAUCGAUAGCAAUGUCAAGAUGGCUCAGUACACGCACCCUACGCCGGUUCAGCGUUACGCCAUCCCCAUCAUCAUGCGUCGUCGUGAUCUGAUGGCGUGCGCCCAGACUGGCUCAGGCAAGACUGCUGCCUUCCUGAUUCCCAUUCUCAACAAUGUAUUCUCUGAUGGCCCCUCGAAGUUGGCGCCUCCUCAGCGCGGCCGCCGACGCCACUCGCCGCUGAUUCUCAUUAUGGCUCCCACUCGCGAGCUUGCUGUGCAAAUCUACGACGAAGCCAAGAAGUUUGCUUACCGUUCUCGAGUGCGACCCUGCGUCGUCUACGGAGGGUCUGAUGCUGGCCAGCAGAUUCGCGACUUGGACAAUGGAUGCCAGCUUCUGGUGGCCACACCAGGUCGCUUGAUUGACAUGGUCGAGCGUGGCAAAGUGAGCCUCGAGUGCGUCUCUCACUUGGUUUUAGAUGAAGCCGAUCGCAUGCUUGACAUGGGUUUCGAGCCUCAGAUUCGCCAGAUCGUGCUUCACAGCAACAUGCCUCCGGUCGGUGUUCGACAGACGCUCAUGUUCUCAGCCACCUUUCCCAAGAAGGUGCAGGAGUUGGCUCGUAACUUCCUCGAGGACUACAUCUUUUUGUCCGUCGGUCGCGUUGGUAGUACUUCGGAGAACAUCACUCAGAAGAUCGAGUGGGUUGAGGAAAACGACAAGCGCACCUAUCUACUUGAUUUGCUGCAGAUUGAGCUGUCUAGCUCCGAAUCUCUGACGCUGAUCUUUGUGGAGACCAAAAAGGGCGCUGACUGCUUGGAGCACUUUUUGGAGGCUGCUGGCUGUUCUGUGACCAGUAUUCAUGGCGAUCGCUCCCAAAACGAGCGCGAGGGGGCUCUGCACAGCUUCCGAACUGGCCACACUCCCAUCUUGGUGGCCACUGCUGUCGCCGCUCGUGGUUUGGAUAUUCCCAACGUUAAGCACGUCAUUAACUUUGAUUUGCCUAACGACAUCGAAGAGUACGUCCACCGCAUUGGUCGUACUGGCCGUGUGGGCAAUCUCGGUCUGGCAACUUCGUUCUUCAACGACAAGAAUCGAAACAUUUCGGCUGACUUGUACGAGCUUAUGGUCGAAACCAAGCAGGACGUGCCCGACUUCCUCAAGAGCGCUGUCAAGGAGUUCAACUCUGAUCGCAGCGGAAUGAACCGACGCUAUGGCGGUGGUGGAGGAGGAGGCGGCGGAAACCGACGAUAUGGCUCUGGUGGUUUUGGCGCUCGCGAUUAUCGUCAAACCUUUGACGAUCGCAAUGACCGCUACAACAAUGGACCACGAAUGAACGGCUUCUCGAACCACAACAAUCACUAUGGCGGCAACUCGAACUUUAACCGAGCAACCCGCAGCAACAACAAUGGACCCAGCUGCUGGGACAGCUAA